GUUACCUGGAAGCAGGAAGUGUCCACUGUUCAAAAGAAGCUCUGGAGAUUAUCCCAAGCAAUGGGAAUGUGGAGUUGGGCCAGAAGGCGUAUUUCUUAUGCAAAGUGAGAAAAGGUGGAGAGGCUACCUUGACAUGGAUCGACCCUGAAGACACUGAAGUUGAUGAGAAUUCAGAGCCAUACAAAGAGAUGCCUGUUGAUGAACUCUCCAAGGGGCUGGAGAUGACUCUGUCAGAUACCCAAAAGGCAGGGAUAUUCACAUGCAAGGGGGAGUUUGAAACUGGAGGGACUGCUACUGCCCAGAUCAGAAUCAACGUGAUCCAGAAACCCACAUUUGUGACUAAAAUCGAGCCCGUGAAAGAUGUUCAUGAAGGCACAAGUGUCAGUUUAAAUUGCCAGGCUGCAGGGAUUCCACCACCGACAGUCAGAUGGAUAUUUGAAAACCAGGACCUCAGUACUAUUGAGGAUGGACGAAUCGCUGUUGAACAUGGGAUACUGGCGAUAAAGGAAACCAGACCUACAGAUGCCGGUGUCUACACCUGUGAAGCCAGGAUUGAAGAGCGGAAUGAAGUGGUUUCCGUAAACGUCUCUCUCAAUGUGAAAUUCACUCCAAGGAUAGAGCUCCCUACAGAUCAAUCAUUUGUCACCCAAAUUGGGAAUCCCACUCAACUCAACUUCACCAUCUUAGCCAACCCCUCCCCUGUUGUCUCCAUCUCUUGGAAGGGGAAGGUUUUUGAAGAUGCUGAUAUCAAGAAGAUGGCAGAGAGCCAAGAUAGAUAUCUGUACUUCUUUGAGUUCACUCCAGCAUCACAAGAAGAUAUUUCAGAACUCUUCAUAACGGCUGCCAAUGAACUGGGCAGCACUGAGAAGACAGUUGCUCUUCAAGAAGAGAAAGGUUUGGGCACAGGCAGCAUCUUGGCCAUAGUGCUUGCAAUCCUCCUGGUGAUCUUGCUGGUGGUGGAUGCAUCUUGCUAUUACAAACGCCGCCGCGGCUUGCUGAUGUACUGCAGAAACAAUAUCCUGGACAAAAAAUCAUCCAGGACAAGUGCUGAAAACAAUGGGAAAAUGCUUUCAAAGUCUGGAAAGAGCACCGUGGUGAAUGUCUCUGGCAUUGAGGCCUGAUGAAGAGAGAGUGUGAGGACCCUGCAUUAUGAAAUGCUGAGGCUGUGUAGUGAAGUCUGGAUUAGUGGUAGAGGGCAAAGAAACCAAAAGCUUCCCUUUUGCCAUGUGCCCUUCACACCCUCCAUCUUCACUUAUGAUCCCAUGGUGGUUCUCCUCCAUUAGAACCAAUAUCAGGUAGCACCCAUGGCAUAUUAAUUUCUCUACAACCACAGUAUUUGAGGGUAACAAAAUACCAGUAGUUCCUCAUCUCGCACCCCUGGCUCUUCUUGCUUCAACAGUGUUGCUUUUAAAGCACAAACCUUAGUAUGUCUAGAAUCCUGUUGGUGACAUAUGCAGACAUAAUCCCCAGUUUCACAUGUAUGUGUGUGUAUAUAUAUAUAGACAUCAUGGAAGAAGGUAUCCUGUACCUCCUUGUGCAAUAUUCCUCACUGCAGUGUGAAACAGAAGCUGGCUAAAUUGUGGGUUCAGUUACAUCCUCUUGGCUACCAGUUGGUUGUGGGAGUAAACCAAGGUAUGUUCUGGCUCCUCCUAUACACACAGAAAAGAAGGAGUAAUCUUAUGCUUUGGGAAGCUGGGACAUGCCUAUGCAUUCCCCUGCAGCUGAUCUUGGCUACACCACACAGCCAUGGGAUUCCAAGAUUUAAUUCACGCAGAAAUAAGAAUACCACACUUUUCCAAUCUGUGAUCUAUGUGGAGGAACUCCAUGAAUCUUAUUGUAACCAUGCUUUCCACCAUGAAGUGGCCCAGGGAAGAGGGAUGACCUGUAAAAUUAGAAAUGAAAUAACUCUUGAAACAGUCUAAUACUAAACAGAAACACGGAGCAAUGGCAAUGAUUUAAUCAUAGAGAGAAAUAUGGGCUGAACAAGUGUCCCAUUAAGUGGUGAACUGUCCACAACAACAAUGAGCAGACACCCUUCUCAUCGAUUGUUUGCGGAUGCUACCAAAUUCCUUAUGAAAAAUUCAUCUUGAAAUAAACCAUUUUGCUGAAAUAUAAUCAUGUUUUGAGUGUGAAAAGAGAAUAAAGCCAGCCUCUGAGGUAUUUUCUCAGAUUGAAAGUGGGUUUUUUAUUUGUGGGUUUUCCUCUUUCAUGGGGAUCCUGUGCCGCUAACCCCAGCUUAAGUGGAUGGCCCACUGUAUAUUUCUGUAGGUUGUAGAUAGUUUUGUUUGCAUCCACUUUGCUCCUUCUUUACUAUAAGCAAGGAUCUGGAUUGUGUCUAAUUGCCGUUGUGCUAUAUCAUGCUU